UUAUAAACCCUAACCAAUACAUCACCACCGCACAUAUAUUUCCCUCCACAAACCCUACCCAUCAUAUACAUUUCACCUUAGCUCCCUCUCUCUCUGUGCAACGGCUAGGCUUCGAAGAUUGGACAAUUAUCGUUGACCCAAUGGCUUUGGUGUUGCACGCGGGGAACACUAAUAAAAAUGGUUUCAAGGCACUUAUUGCUGCCGAGUACACUGGUGUCAAAGUUGAACUGGUGAAGAAUUUUGAGAUGGGUGUGUCCAACAAAAGUCCCAAGUUUCUUGAAAUGAACCCCAUCGGGAAGGUUCCUGUGUUAGAAACACCUGAUGGCCCUGUUUUUGAGAGUAAUGCCAUUGCACGCUAUGUUACUCGGUUGAAGGCAGAUAAUCCUCUUUUUGGUUCUUCCUUAAUUGAAUAUGCUCAUGUGGAGCAAUGGAUUGAUUUUGCCACUAUGGAGAUUGACGCCAAUAUUUUGCGAUGGUUAAUACCACGUAUCGGUUUUGCUGUUUACCUUCCUCCGGCUGAGGAAGCUGCAAUUUCUGCAUUGAAGAGAGCGCUAACUGCUUUGAAUACUCAUCUUUCUUCCAACACGUACCUGGUCGGGCAUUCUGUGACAUUGGCUGAUAUCAUUAUGGCAUGUAAUUUGACUCUGGGAUUUAGCCGGGUAUUGACAAAAAAAUUUACCUCUGAAUUUCCCCAUGUUGAGAGAUACUUUUGGACCUUAGUUAAUCAGCCAAAUUUUCGCAAGAUAUUGGGCGAAGUUAAACAAGCAGAAUCUGUUCCAUCUAUUCAGUCAGCAAAGAAGCCUUCACAGGCAAAGGAACCCACAAAACCUAAGGAUGAACCAAAGAAAGAGGCCAAGAAAGAACCAGCAAAGCCUAAAUUAGAAGAGGCUGUUGCUGAAGAAGAGGCACCCAAGCCCAGGGCAAAGAAUCCUCUUGAUCUUUUGCCGCCUAGCAAGAUGAUUCUGGAUGAAUGGAAAAGGCUUUAUUCAAACACAAAGACCAACUUCCGUGAGGUUGCUGUUAAAGGAUUCUGGGACAUGUACGAUCCAGAGGGUUACUCUCUUUGGUUCUGCGAUUACAAGUACAAUGAUGAAAAUACUGUAUCAUUUGUGACUUUGAACAAGGUGGGUGGUUUCCUGCAGCGGAUGGAUUUGGCUCGUAAGUAUGCAUUUGGGAAGAUGUUGGUGAUUGGCUCUGAGCCUCCAUUUAAGGUUAAGGGCUUGUGGCUCUUCCGGGGACAAGAAAUUCCAAAAUUCAUAAUUGACGAGUGUUAUGACAUGGAAUUGUACGACUGGCAUAAGGUUGACAUCACUGAUGAGGAUCAAAAGGAGCGUGUCAAUCAGAUGAUUGAAGAUCAGGAGCCUUUUGAGGGGGAGGCUUUGUUGGAUGCCAAAUGUUUCAAGUGAUGAGAGAAGUGUCCUAAAGAAGUAGAUGUAAUGUUUAGCGGUUUCUUAAAAUUAGUCUUCAUUGUGGUUGUAUUACAACGUUGUCCUCUGCUCUUGUUCUAGCCUUUUUGUGACAUUGAUAGCAUCAUGUAUUUUGUUCUCCUAUAACAUUAU